AGAGACUGACAGAGGGAAAGAGAGAGAGGGAGAAGAGCCAGUAAAAGGAUAGAGAGAGUGAGAGAGAGACUGACAGGGGGAAAGAAAGCGAGGGAUGAAGUAUCCAUCUGUGUCAGUGAGUAACUCUCUGUUGGACAUGGAUGUAGCCAACUACAGUGAGGGACUGGACCCAACGUACAGCACCCUGGGCUUCGAUCAUGCUGACGUCCUCUAUGGUGGGGGAGACAGUAUGCCAGCGGAGCCGGGCCUGUCCCAGGCAGAUGUUGGGAACUCUAACUGUGCCAUAUGUGGAGACAAGGCUACAGGGAAACACUAUGGAGCUUCCAGCUGUGAUGGAUGUAAAGGGUUCUUCAGGCGCUCCAUACGCAAGAACCACAUCUACUCCUGCAGGUUUAACCGUCAGUGUGUGGUGGACAAGGACAAGAGGAACCAGUGUCGGUUCUGCAGGCUCCACAAGUGUUUCAGAGCUGGCAUGAAGAAAGAAGCGGUUCAGAAUGAGAGAGAUCGAAUCAGCUCCAGAAGAAACAUUCAGGACAAUCAGGAUCUCCCACCUAUCACUGUUCUGGCCCAGGCAGAGUCACUGUCUCAACAGAUCAGUGUAUCCAGUCCCAGGGGUGCAGUAGAUGUGUCAGAACAGAAGUCAGCUGGUGUGGGUGAUGUCUGUGACUCCAUGAGACAACAGCUGCUAGUGCUGGUGGAAUGGGCCAAAUACAUCCCUGCCUUUGGUGAGCUGCCCUUGGAUGACCAGGUGAGUCUGCUCAGGGCUCAUGCAGGGGAACACCUUCUACUAGGGGUCGCCAAGAGGUCAAUGCCUUACAAGGACUUCCUGCUUCUUGGUAAUGGGUGUGUGAUCCAUGGUAGCAGUGCGGAGCCGGACAUCGGUCGUGUAGCUAACCGUGUUCUAGAUGAGCUGGUCAUGCCCUUCCAGGACAUCCAGAUAGAUGACCAUGAGUAUGCUGCUCUCAAGGCCAUUGUCUUCUUUGACCCCGAUGCCAAGUCUCUGCGUGACCCGUCUAAGAUCAAGGCGAUGCGUCUGCAGGUCCAGAUGAGUCUAGAGGACUAUAUUAACGACCGUCAGUAUGACUCCAGAGGGAGGUUUGGAGAGCUGCUGCUACUGCUGCCUACUCUACAGUCCAUCACCUGGCAGAUGAUAGAACAACUGCAGUUUGUUAAACUCUGUGGCCUGGCCAAGAUAGACAACCUUCUGCACGAGAUGCUGCUGGGAGGUCUGUCGGCAGAGCCCGCCCACCUGCACCACCCAGGCCACACCCAGUUAGCCCAGGACCCUCUGACUGGACACACACUGGUCAUCAGCACUGUGCCUGCUACACACACUACUCAGAUAGACACUCCUAUCCCGUCUCCGCCUCAGGUUGCAGAGAAGUCCUCUCCUAGCCCCUCCCUCCUGGCUCCACCCCUCCCACACAGACAUAACGCCGAAUCCCCACUCUGAGUGUACAGCACCCGCCCCCACCACCGAAUAACCAAACAAACAAAACAUACUGUUUGUCCACCAUGAAUGCAGCCAAAGAAAUAGCAGAAAGCCUUUUCUAUGGUCCAAAUCCGAAUUUGAGAUCUACACCUGUAACUUGUAAAUGAAAAAAACUGGAAUUUGGAUCUCAAGUUUGCAUUCUGCCCUAUGCUUGUAAAUGUGUAAAAUGUUCAAUGUUCCCUCCCCUAUUCAGUGCCAUAGGUUUUCACUCCAAUUCGGUCGUCUUUAUAGUUCGGUAGCAUCUUUAUAAAUCAGUAGAUUAUUCCUAAAGUCGGAGCCUCUCUUAUUGUGAUGUAAUUGUGAGUGUAUUUGAGCUUUCUGAAGGCUCAUCGUUGAAUAUGGAGCAGGAGAUUUGCUAAUCAGCAUGUACUUUAUAUACAGUAUGCGUUACUUAAAGUGCACUUAUUAGUAGUGGACUGUGUCUGGAACACAUGAUUGUCUGUUAAUAUUAAUGUUCACGUGUUGCCAUGUUGCUUGUGGUGUGGUGCUUUACAAAUACACAAACUGGAGUGUACUGUAUUUGUCAAUAAUAUAAUUAACCGUACAUUUAGUUCCUAAUCAACUUUUCAGUGUCUUUCAGUCUUUUGAGAUAACUGUUAUAAUAUGAAAUUAUAUGAAAAUGUUCAAAUUUUGUGUAAAUUCAAUUGUUUGUAUGUCAGAACUAUUAUAUUGACCUUCUAAACUGUCAAAUAGUGUAUACAAAUUAGACAAUGUAAGCUAUAUUUUGAAACUGUAUAUUCUGAUAAAAACAGAACACUAUU